AAGAGAAGGAAGAGGGACAAGGGGACUCAGAGGCCAGGCCCAUGAAAGAUGAAGCGUUCGGGGAAUACAGAUCUUUGGAAAGUGACAUUGAUGAGAAGCGUACAAUGAGCCAGCCCUCUCUGUGCGUUGAGAGCAAGUUGGGGAGUGACGACAGCCUGGCGGAGUACGGCGACAGCGUCGACAUCCAGUUCAACGAGGACGGCUCCUUUAUCGGUCAGUACAGUGGACGCCGGGAGGCCCACAUCGUCCAGGGUGGCCAUGAGAGCUCCGGUGCCACCUCCCCUGUCAACAACAUGCCCCCGCAAAGUAUUAGUUUCAACAACUCCGUAACUGGCAUCCUGGACCGUUCGAAUUAGACAGGUGGUGGUGAGACAACCAAAUAAUUCUCAAACAGUUGUAUGACAGAACAAAAAGUUCGCCCCCCCAUGGUGAACUGAGGGACUGACACACACAAACCCAUUGACUUUAACGUACCAAAAUGAUCCGAUGACACUGCCUGAGUCGCAUACAUUCUCAUUCAACUCUCAGUACUCUGGGACUGACUGCCUGUAAGACAUAAAAAGGACUGCAUGUCCAUAAUUCCAUUUUUUACUGCCUGUGAUGCCAUUUCAAACGGUCAAACUUAUAAAUCUGACACACACACAGACACAGUCAGUAACACACACAGUUACUCACAUUCAGAUAAAGGGAUCACAUAAGUGACAGAUGCCCACACUACAGCAUAUACCAGUAGUUGCUGGACAUAACUUUUACAUGCAACAUUCCACCUUUGCAUAAUAAGAUGACAUAUCCUGCAAACAGUUUACAGGUCUCGCCUGUCUUUCUCCAAGUUUACAGACGUGUGUGUGUGUGUGUGUGAGUGACCUCUUAAACCCCCUGUUGUCGACCUGCCCUCACUGCCUCCUUUUCAAAGUAGCCUGUCCACCCUCACCAGUGCUCACUGGAGGGGUCUAGAGUUAAACAUAACCAAGUCUCUGUGUUUACCACUUGAUAGAAUAAAAGGACCAACUUUUGGGGGGCAGGACUUGGAUGCAGGGGGAGAUAGAAGGAGAAGAAGUUGGGGAGAGGAGAGAGAACAGGCUGAGUUCUAUGGUUAACGUGAUAUAUGUACAUGCUCAGAAGAACCAACCUGAAGACAGGGAUAACGUUUAUACCUUAGGGAAUAGAAUGUGAGUGUUUUUCUUUCUUUCUUUCUUUCUUCUAUUUUCUUCCUAUCAUCCUUGUGUUGCCCAAAGAGCUCCAUUUUGUUGCAUUGUGACAAAAUAAACGCCAUAUACUGUCUGUUCUAAUUUAAUCAUAAUGCUAUUUUUGUUGGAUUUGUGCUUUUAUUUUUGUAGGAAUGAACAUUUAAUAUAUCAUGCUGACAAUGUGAAUUGUUUUAUUACAAUGCAAUCUUUUUUUUUACGCUAAGUGCUUUAUUAUUUAUAGCCUUUUAUUCACUUUUGUGUUCUUGUAUACAUUUUAUACGUGCAAAGAUACAGUGUGUACCUUUCUUUACAGUGUGUCCUUUUGUGCCUCUAUGGAAGAUCCAGAAGCAUUUUAAUAAUUAAUCAUGCGUCAGAUAAUACUUAUCAGAUAUUUCAUUGCAUAAAUUGAACAAAUAUUCCAUUACUAUUUGUGACCUUUGAUUCCUCCAUACAGGUGUCGUAAUACUUCUUGUGAAACUUUGUUUUUUUCAAUCAGGAAGCAUAAUCAUUCCAUCUUUGUCUGUGUACUGUUGCUAUCAUGAGUGGUGAUUGUUUUCAUUUGAAGUCACUGUGUUCUCUAUGCCAUAUCUAAAAAUGUCAAGGUGCCUGUUAGCAAUACUCAUAGUUGCUGCUGCACUUAUGACAAAUGCUCAGUUGUUGUGGUAUCAUUCUUGAGCUAUCUCUCUUUUUGGUAUCCAUCUUUCGGUGUCGGUGGCAUUUGAAACACCAGUGAAUGUUUACUCUCCUAAGUAUAUCAACCUGAGACUGCAGGCUAUCUCUUUCUUACUGCCCUGUAGUGCUGAAGCAGUAACAGUAUUAAUACUGCCCUGUAGCGCAAAAGUAAUGUAUUGCCUUACAAAGAAAAUUUCAUAUGGCUACUAAUUCUUCUGAACGCUUCUGUCUUACUCACAACUUUAUACGUUUGCAAUGUUAACAUGCAUUUGCAUUUGUGUCAAGUCAAUUGCAGUGGUGCAAGUUCACACUUAUGGACAAUGUAUUCAUGUCAUUACACAUAUACAUGGAUGUCUGUCAGUCAAUACAUAUCAGGCUCUGUAGAGGCAACUGUAAUACUCCUGUUAAGUUUUUUUGUAGUCCACAUAAUAUUUCAGUCAUAAAGGUCAAACAAGUUUUAGUGUGAGCAAAUCUUGCUUCAUGCGAAACCAAUGGAAUUGCCUGUACUUGGUGAAAACAGGUGUCCCUUACUGCCAUGUUGAUUUUGUACAGUCUUGAGUUUUUCAGCCUAUUACGACCCGCCCAGAUCUGGUUUGGUUUUCAUUUCAAGCAUGAUUUGAUUAAUGGCUGUGAGGCCUUGUUUUAGAAAAAGAAACAGAUGGAAGCUAAGAGAGAACAAAAUGAGGAGAGAGGAGAGAGAAUGAAAGAUGAAGUGUCACUUUUUUGAAUGUAAAUAAACCUUAACGAUUGUCAUUUGACAUUUCCCUACUUUUAUUGAAAUAUAUCAUUUCUUUUCUUAUUUUUUAUACCAACACAUUCAUGUUUUUAGAACUUCUUUAUUUAUAUUUUAGUGUCACCUGACAAUAUGUUUUUUUGGCCUUGUAGUUGUCAAUAGACUCAUAGAAGAAUAGAAAAUAGUGAAAAAAACAUACCCCCCUCCCCCAAUCAUUUUACCAUAAAUAAUAAGAAAAAACAUCACAAACAACUGUCAUGAACAAGUAAUUAAAACAUUAAAAAUGAUAAAAUGAACCAAUGCUGAAUAUGAAUGAAGUGCAUUUUAUGCAAUGUCUUUUAUGAGUUCAGGAGGAGAAGAGAGAGCCUGCUCUGAAUGGUAAGCCCACGGUAGACCUCUUGCAGCAUGGGGAUAGAACCUUUACUGUAACGUAUUGGUUGUUUGACAGUACAUCCAUCUACAUGUCUGGCAUUAUGGGCAGCCAGGCCUUACACAACUGUCCAGUGUUAUCCAUGCAAUGCAAAUUAUAAGAAUCCUGUACAGUACAUUGUUGGAAUAUGCUCUGCCUCAUGCUGCCCAGUGAUCCCCUCACCAAAGGCCCACUGGUUACAGUCAGAUGCAUGAUAUAAAAAAAACACCAUAGAGUCAGUCAAUAUGUAUGUAGCUCUCAAAGGCAUUUUAAAAUAUAUUUUCAUAUGAUGUGAAUUUGUUACCCUGAACCUGUGGGUCUUUGGUGUAUACUUUCAAUUCUGAAAGGGGCCGUGUGUUGAUCCAUGUGGGAUACCCUUGCUGCUCUCACUUCCCUUCCUGACAAUGUUUUUUUGGGUAUGUUGAUACUGUAUGUAACUUUCUUCCUAUUGCCGCCUUGAUUUUUGAAUAUAAACACAGGAAAAAAAACAUUAAAAAAGGUUAGAAUUACAGUUUUAAAGGAAUGAUGACAGCUUCUAUGGAUCACAGAAACAAAAUGUCUGACAAGAGAUUACAGGGAUGGAGGGACUAAAAUAAGAGGCUGUGGGGAAAAAAGGGUUUUGGGGCAGGAAACUGGUGAUGUUGACACAGUGGUGGUGAUUUAUGUAGAGAGGAACCAGUUUGUUGUGGGGAAAGGGGAUUACAGAUGGCCCAUUUGCCCCUGCAGGAUUGCAUCUGGGUAUGAGUGGCAUUCUACCUGCUUAUUGCAUCAUGUGCUGUAUCAAAAUACACAAUGAAAUAAAUGGAAUACGCAAACCCUCAAA